AUAUCAUUAACCACACGUCGGUGUGUGAGAGAAGGGGAGAUAUGAAGAGAGUGCUGCUAUUACAGUAAAAAAACAACCAGCAGCAUCACUCUCUGUACUCUAUUAGCGUGAAAUACCACACACAAGAUUCUUUAAUCAGUGCUUUCCAAAGUAGAUCAUUCACAGUCUUAAUUUGGCAUUGUAAUCAUUUCUGUAACACUGUGUCUUUGUACGAACACUGUCCACUAAAAUCCAAGUCUAUCAGAGCUGUGUGCACAUGUGUGUGUCUGCGCGCGUGCAUGUGUGUGUAUCUGUGUGUGUUCGUCGAUUAGUGAGUGGACACAGCGUGAUCAGACAUCUAGCUCUCAUUGAUCAUUACCAAACUCGUGGCUCACACUCUGCAGCAAUCAUGGAGACGGGAAAGCAGCUAACGGGUACGCUGGCCGUGGCUGUAUUCACAGCAGCUCUCGGGUCCCUACAGUAUGGAUACAGUCUUGGAGUCAUUAAUGCGCCACAGAAGGUCAUUGAAAAGCACUACGGUCGAUCCCUGGGGGUGUGGUCAGAGAGGGAUGAUGCCCUGUCAGAAAACACCACAGAGGAGCACAUGGAGGCAGGACAGCACCCUUCCGUGAUCAUGUACUGGUCACUGUCUGUGUCGAUCUUCUCCAUCGGCGGCAUGUUGUCCUCCUUCCUGGUCGGAUUUGUGGCAGACCUUAGAGGAAGAGUGAAGGGCAUGUUAAUGGUCAAUGUUCUGGCUGUAAUUGCUGGACUGCUGAUGGGCUUUUGCAGGCUAUGGAAGCCUCACAUCAUGGUCAUCGCAGGCCGUGCUGUCAUGGGUUUUUACUGUGGGUUGACAUCUGGGCUCGUGCCUAUGUACAUUGGAGAGAUUGCACCCAAGGCCUACAGAGGGGCUCUGGGGACGUUACACCAGCUGGCUAUUGUCAUCGGCAUCCUUCUUAGCCAGGUAAUAGGCUUGGACUUUGUGCUUGGCAAUGAUAAAAUGUGGCCGCUGCUGCUGGGUCUGUCCGGAGCCCCGGCGGUGUUACAGACUCUCAUGCUGCCUCUAUGCCCUGAGAGCCCACGGUACCUUUACAUAUUACUGGGCCAGGAUCAAGAGGCUAGAAAAAGCCUGUAUCGCCUAAAGGGGCCGCAUGAUCCAGCUGUUGAACUGGAAGAGAUGAGGAGAGAGAAAGAGGAGGCAGACAAGGAACCCAGGGUCUCCAUCCUUUCCUUGAUGUGCUCGACUGUGUACAGACAGCAACUGUUUGUGGCCCUCAUGAUGCACCUCUCCCAACAGUUGUCGGGCGUCAACGCGAUCUUUUAUUAUUCUACGGAUAUCUUCCAACGAGCUCGUGUCGCCCAGCCAGUUUACGCCACUAUCGGAGUCGGAGUCAUCAACAUGAUAUUCACCCUGUUGUCUGUUGCGCUGGUGGACAGGGCUGGCAGGCGCACUCUGAUGCUGGCUGGUCUGGCAGGGAUGUCCUGCUGCGCCAUCGCCAUGACAGUGGGCCUCAAAUUCCAGAAUGACUACGCGUGGAUGAGCUACGUCAGCAUGUCGGCCAUCUUCCUCUUCGUGAGUUUCUUCGAGAUCGGCCCCGGCCCCAUCCCGUGGUUCAUCGUGGCCGAAAUUUUCAGCCAGGGACCCCGGCCCGCGGCCAUCGCUCUCGCUGGCUGCUGUAACUGGACCAGCAACUUCAUCAUAGGCAUGACCUUUCCAUACAUACAGGAGUGGCUGGAUGCUUACGUCUUCAUCCUGUUUGCUGUGUUGCUCAUUGGGUUCACUGCGUUUAUUUAUUUCCGAGUACCCGAGACCAAGGGCAAAUCUUUCGAGGAGAUCGCUGCUGUCUUCCAGAAAAAGCGCCCGGUGCCCAAAGACAUUACUGAACUGGAGCAGCUCAAAACGUCCACGGACGCUUAAAACAGCAGAGUGCCUCCUUUGUGUGGUAUGCGGGGGUGUGUCCGUCAGUGUUUUGAGUGUGCAUUUCUCGUUGUAGUAUUGCAGCAAUUAAAAGACAAGAUUUUUACAUGGUAAAACUGUUUUUUUAUUUUGUAAAAAUGUAAAUGUGAGCUAUUUUAAAAGCACUCACGAUCAUCAUGUUUCAGCUAUAUGUGGAGUGAUGUUUACAUGUAUUGAGUUAGUCGUCUAAAGGGGCAAUAAUGAAUAUUUUACAUACUAUUUCUGUGAGACCUACACAAAUAUGACACAACUCUGCAGUGCAACACAGCUCUACCUAACUUUAUGGUGCGAUAUUUAGAAGCUAAAGAUCUUCAGGUGGAACGUUAAAAGAACGCUAGAUGAAAUGAGAGUGAAUAUUGGAUUUCUUGUCCUGGUGUGCCAUUCACACACCACUACUUCACAUGUGCAGUUCAUCUGCUGCACAUGUGAACAGGAAACCCUAUGUCUGUGACUGUCGUAUUCAACUGUUUCUUUGUGCUGUCCCCUUUGGUGCCUACAUUUAAAAACCGAGAGCGAGAAAAUAAUAAUAAUAAAAGUUUAUGUUUGCUGAACCCUCAACAGAAGAGACAAUAAAAUAUCACUUAAAGAA